AUGUCUGGACAUCAUGAUCCUCGCGUUCUCUUCACAAUAUCGGGUAUCAAAGCGUACCAUAUUCAGAAUGGCGAAGAAUCGAGCCUUACCCCCUCUGGGCCGCAAACCCUCUCGCUCCUCAUGGUCCCCACGUCGAGCCCAUUUUCCGACCCCUCCAACAGCAAUACACAAGCUGAGGUCCCCGAGGACGACUUCUACCUUCACCUGAACCUCCCGCCCGAGCUUGAACUCUCCCUCCCCGCGACCACACAGAUCUACCACCAACCGCCGAACUCCUACUUGAUUCCUCGUUGGGAUCUAGGUCCAGAGUCCGGCGCCUUUACACGAAUUGAGUUCCCUCCGCUGGGAAAAGGGCCGAAUCCCGUAACGCAAGAUGAUAUCGAUACCUUCGAGACCAUUCUCGCACAGUGUACGGCGUUCUUGGAACGGGAGAAAGCGCCAGCACCUGAGAAGGGGCUCCACGGGUAUAAUCCUUCAAACUUCAAACCUGGUGAGGGAUAUGCGGCAGGUACUGGCGGUGGAAUGCCCGGUCAAGUUGUGUUGAUCGAUGAAGAGAACGGAAGCAUUGUUGGGGAGCUUGGCGAAGGUGCUGCAGUCAUUGAGGAUCCUAAGCUCAAGCAUGGCACAAAAAGUACGGCUCCCGUGGAGAUCCAAGUCUCCGAAGAUGGCAAUCAUAUCUACGUCCAGGCAAUUUCGGAGGAGUAUCUGGAGAUGGCUCGACACCCGGCCUACCGCGACAGCUCCAUGGUACAGAAUGCCGCAGCUGCAUCUCGCCUUAUCGUAACCGCAACCUCCCACGUCUCGAAUUUCAUGGCAUCCACUGCCGAGAACUUCACCACGAAGACCAAGCCCGCCAACAAAGCCUUGAACUUCAAGCCCAACACCCACGCGCGCGUCCGCAAAAUCAACCAAUUCACCGGCGGCGCGGCCGGCCUUUCCUCCAAGACGGUCGGGCAGCUCAGCCACAUCACCCAGAACAUCGGCGCCAAGUUGGCGAGCCGCGGCACGAAAGAAUCCAAGAUCGGCUACGACGAGAAGGGGAAUCCGUACAAGAACGAGAACUACAAGCCGGGCUUGCUGAACAAGAGCAUGAUUGCAUUCAGCACGGUCGCGGACGGGAUCGCAUACGGUGGCACGCGGCUGCUGACGAGCGGCGGAGCGGCGGCAACGCAGAUGGUCGGGCACCGGUAUGGCGCCGAGGCCGGCGGGUUGACGGCGGAGCUCGCGGGCGGCGUCAAGAACUGUGGGCUUGUCUAUAUCGACGUGACCGGCGUGUCUCGUCGCGCGGUGCUGAAGAGCGUGGCCAAAGGGAUGGUGGUUGGACGCGUCAAAGGCGGAGGAGAGGUGGUCGUUGGAGGCGGGGACGGUGGGCAGGUGCCCCAGGAGUUCCAGCAGCAGAUGCAGAAUGAGAAGCAAGGGGUGUCGAAUGAUAGGCACGGGGGGUAUCAGCCGAGCGUUGGUGGAGCGUCUGCACCGGGUGGUGCUAUUGGGCAUGGGAAUCAAGCGCCGCCUGCGUACUCCAGCGGCGUGGGUGAGCCGUUGGGAGGGCAAGCACUUCAGGGACAAUACCCGCCUGAGAAGGGGGAUAGGUUCCAAUAG